AUGAUACAGUCAGAUAAAGGAGCAGAUCCACCAGACAAGAAGGACAUGAAGCUUUCUACCGCCACCAAUCCGCAGAAUGGCCUCUCCCAGAUCCUGAGGCUUGUGCUGCAAGAGCUGAGUCUGUUCUACAGCCGGGACGUGAAUGGAGUAUGUCUCUUGUAUGAUCUCCUCCACUCGCCGUGGCUGCAGGCUCUGCUAAAGAUUUAUGACUGCCUUCAGGAAUUUAAAGAAAAGAAACUAGUUCCUGCCACACCCCAUGCACAGGCAUUAUCCUAUGAGGUAGUGGAGUUGUUACGUGAAACUCCUACUUCCCCUGAGAUCCAAGAGCUGAGACAAGCACUCCAGGCUCCACACUUUAAGGCCUUGCUCAGCGCCCAUGACACGAUAGCUCAGAAAGAUUUUGAACCUCUUCUCCCUCCACUGCCAGACAAUAUCCCUGAGAGUGAGGAAGCAAUGAGGAUUGUUUGUUUGGUAAAAAAUCAACAGCCCCUGGGAGCCACCAUCAAGCGACAUGAGAUGACAGGAGACAUCUUGGUGGCCAGGGUCAUCCAUGGUGGGCUGGCAGAGAGGAGUGGGUUGCUCUAUGCUGGAGACAAACUGGUAGAAGUGAACGGAGUUUCAGUUGAGGGACUGGACCCUGAACAAGUGAUCCAUAUUCUGGCCAUGUCUCGAGGCACCAUCAUGUUCAAGGUGGUUCCAGUCUCUGACCCUCCUGUGAAUAGCCAGAAGAUGGUGUAUGUUCGUGCCAUGACUGAGUACUGGCCCCAGGAGGAUCCCGACAUCCCCUGCAUGGACGCUGGAUUGCCUUUCCAGAAGGGGGACAUCCUCCAGAUUGUGGACCAGAAUGACGCCCUCUGGUGGCAGGCCCGAAAAAUCUCAGACCCUGCCACCUGUGCUGGGCUUGUCCCUUCUAACCACCUUCUGAAGAGGAAGCAACGGGAAUUCUGGUGGUCUCAGCCAUACCAGCCUCACACCUGCCUCAAAUCAACCCUAUCAAUUUCUAUGGAAGAAGAAGAUGACAUGAAGAUUGAUGAGAAAUGUGUGGAAGCAGAUGAAGAAACAUUUGAAUCUGAGGAACUUUCAGAAGACAAGGAAGAAUUUGUUGGCUAUGGUCAGAAGUUCUUUAUAGCUGGCUUCCGCCGCAGCAUGCGCCUUUGUCGCAGGAAGUCUCACCUCAGCCCCCUGCAUGCCAGUGUGUGCUGCAAUGGCAGCUGCUACAGUGCAGUGGGUGCCCCUUACGAGGAGGUGGUGAAGUACCAGCGACACCCUUCAGACAAGUACCGCCUCAUAGUGCUUGUGGGACCCUCUGGUGUUGGAGUAAAUGAGCUCAGAAGACAACUUAUUGAAUUUAAUCCCAGCCAUUUUCAAAGUGCUGUGCCACAUACUACUCGUACUAAAAAGAGUUAUGAAAUGAAUGGGCGUGAGUAUCACUAUGUGUCCAAGGAAACAUUUGAAAGCCUCAUAUAUAGUCACAGGAUGCUGGAGCAUGGUGAGUACAAAGGCCACCUGUAUGGCACUAGUGUGGAUGCCGUUCAAACAGUUCUUGACGAAGGAAAGGUCUGUGUCGUGGACUUAGAGCCCCAGGAUAUUCAAGUGGCUCGAACCCAUGAACUGAAGCCCUAUGUCAUAUUUAUAAAGCCAUCGAAUAUGAGGUGUAUGAAACAAUCUCGGAAAAAUGCCAAGAUUAUUACUGACUACUUUGUGGACAUGAAGUUCAAGGAAGAAGACCUACAAGAGAUGGAAAAUUUAGCCCAAAGAAUGGAAACUCAGUUUGGUCAAUUUUUUGAUCAUGUGAUUGUGAAUGACAGCUUGCAAGAUGCAUGUGCCCAGUUGUUGUCUGCCAUACAGAAGGCUCAGGAGGAGCCUCAGUGGGUACCAGCAACAUGGAUUUCCUCAGAUACUGAGUCUUAA